CUUUUUCUUGAUCUUGGAAUCUGAUAUACAUUAGAAUUUUGAGCUUGCAGAUCACUCCUGUAUGAAGGACAGAUUUCUAUCUGCUCCAAGAACAGCCACUUCGUUUUUGUGAUGUAGUUCUUCGGGCACAUUCACUUCCACUUUUUCUGUCCGGUCUCAGUGGUGUCUCCGGUUCCUGAGAGGUGACUCAUGAUGACCUUGGGAGCUCCCCCCUGAGAAAGCCAGGCCCCCUGUGUUCUGAGGCAGGUGGAGAGGAUCCGGCGCUUUCUGGCCAUAUUGUUUACUCGCUGUUUCCCUUUUUAGGAGGAUGAGACGAAGCCGGAAGACUGUAUACCAGAUGUGCCAGGCAAUGAGCAUGCCAGGGAAUUCCUGGCUCACGCGCCAACCAAAGGGCUUUGGAUGCCGCUGGGGAAGGAGGUCAAAGUUAUGCAGUGUUGGCGCUGUAAACGGUAUGGUCACCGAACGGGCGACAAAGAAUGCCCUUUCUUUAUCAAAGGCAACCAAAAGUUAGAACAGUUCAGAGUAGCACAUGAAGAUCCCAUGUAUGACAUCAUCCGAGAGAAUAAGAGACAUGAAAAGGAUAUAAGGAUACAGCAGUUAAAGCAAUUGCUGGAGGACUCCACCUCAGAUGAUGAUAGCAGCAGCUCCAGCUCCUCGGAAUGUAAGGAGAGACACAAGAAAAGGAAGAAGAAAGAGAAGCAUAAGAAAAAGAAGAAAGAAAAGAAAAGGAAGAAGAAGCGAAAGCAUAAGUCUUCCAAGUCAAGUGAGAGCUCGGACUCGGACUGACAGCCGCUCGGCUUGUCCGCGUUCUCGUCUCAGAAUCACACACUGUGGCCGAGAACAGGGGGCCUGGAGUCGGAGAGGGGACACCAAGGAGCACAUCUGGUGUCACACACACGAGUGACUUCUCACCUACCUUCCAGGGAAGCUGUGACCCCCGAGAGGGACUGUGUCUCCCCAGGUGCCAGCUCUGGACGGCGCUGACGUCGGCAGGACGGGCCCUCCCGGUCCUCCUCCUGCUGGUCACUGUGGCCUGCGAUUCCUAGGAAGUCGGGGUGGCCGGACUAGAGCCUCUGAGGACACUCCUCCAGGGCUGCCACCUCCACAGCGAGGCUGCUGAAUUCCCAGGCUUCAGGCUCCACUCUUGUCUGUUGUUGAAGAUAAAU